AUGGAGCUUUUAAGUCUAAGCAAUAGUUUGGUUCCUAAGGAUAUUUACAAAGCAUUUGAUUUGAAUAAUAUAUGUGCUCUUGUAGAUAAAUUCUAUUCUACAGAUUUUAGUGAGCAUGAAAAAAUUAAUUUGAGAUAUCAACUUCAACACUUUCAUCUUGAUGUUGUUGGUCAUCCGGAUUUAAAUAACUUGUCAACUAUGUCUGAAUUGUGUCAAGCUCUAAAAAAGACAGGGAAGACAAAUACAUGUUAUUUGAUUGAUCGGCUUAUCCAUGUUAUCUUAACUCUUCCAGUUUCUACAGCUACUACAGAAAGAUCAUUCUCAGCAAUGAAGAUAAUCAAGACAUUGUGCAAUAAGACGGAGGAUGGAUUUCUUACGGACAAUACGAUGCUUUACAUUGAAAAGGAAUAG